UGCUAAUCAGUAUUCCAGUUGACUACAGUGUUCUCCCCCAAUCUUCCCGAUACUAUCUACCUAGAAAACGUGGAUAAAAAACAUACAGGUUUGAUGCUCUGCCAGCCUCUGGUAACCAUGGCAACAAUCUCUUAGAGAAACUGUUUGUAGAAAGGCUGUACAUUGGUACGGAUUUAAUAAACAUUCAAUGAUAAAGAUAAAAUCAAUGUCACGAAUGAAAUUAAAAUCAAGGAUUUAUUAGUGAUAACGAUGAAUUGGAUGUUAAUUUGACCUCACCAGUGAAAAGUUGAAGUCGGAUACAAAAUAAACAUGCAAAUGAGGGAGGAAGUGAUUUUCGAAUCGCCACCGGUAAAAUUGCCGGUGAGCUUCAACAAAAAUGGUGUCAAGAUGAAUAACAAUAAUCACAAUAUAUAUAGAAAAGUGAUCAACCACAACAAUAACAACCUUGUGAGAAUGCAGGAUGUUAAAUCGCCAAAAACUGGCGCGUGUAUAAAAUAUGUGUGCUCAAAAGUGACGUUGUAUUACAAUAGUCGGAUCGAGCUAAAAUGGCGACGUGCGUUACACCACUGUGGAACUUGUGACUAUGGGGUCGGGAAAGGGGAGAGUACUCCUUGCGGUGCAAUACAUUACGGCAUGUGUCUGCCAGUGGUAGACAGACUCUCCGUACCACAGAAAUCUCCCAAAUCCCCGCAGGCAGCUAGCUGGCCCGCUAGUCAGCCGGCUCCUGUGUCAGGGGUCCGACCUGCUGUGUCUAGUCAGUCGAGAGUUGCAGGACAACCACAACAGAUUACCUCAGUGCCUUCUAGUCUUUCUUCCAAGAUAUUCAUUCAGACAAUCUCAAAUGGAUCUUCAAACAAGGAUUCUUCCAGUGUUCUCAAAGACAUUCGUGAUAGAGACCUUGAGAAAGAAAACACAGACAUCAACAUUCAAAAUAACCAACUAAAUCAAACUUAUGACACUUUUUCUACCUCCAAUAAGGAGAGUAGUCGGACUAAAAAGAAAGAUAACUCUAGGCCUCUUAGUAACAGAACUUCUGUGAUACAAAAUGCAAAUCUACCAAAGUUCCAUUUUCCAAUGGGUCGUCCCAGUGAUAAGGAUACGACAGAAGAAGUGCUCUUACGGGUCUCGAAAGAAUUCUCAAAGUUUGAGGGAGGGAAAAUCUUCAAAAACCAGACGGCAGUUCUUGCAAAGGAGUGUGGCCUGCCCCUGUACUGGAAGUGUCCACUAUUUGUGGCGAGUGGCGGGCUCAAGCAAGGCUUCAUCACUUUCCCUAUGUUCUCAGCCAUGUGGAAAAGGAUAAACCAGUCAUGUCACGACUUGGCGGCCAAGUUUGUGAUGUUGAUGGCAAAACAGGGGACCAACUACAUAGAGGAAGAAGACCUCGUUCCAUUCUUACAGGAUGUUGUGGACACACACCCUGGCCUCACCUUCCUACAAGAGGCCCCGGAAUUCCACUCCAGAUAUGUAAAUACUGUUAUAGCUAGGAUACUGUAUUGUGUAAAUAGGUCAUGGACUGGUAGAAUCACCAUUCAGGAACUUAGAAAGUCAAAUUUAUUACGAGUAUUACAAUUAUUGGAAGAGGAGGAUGACAUUAACCAGAUAAAUGAGUAUUUCUCCUACGAGCACUUCUACGUCAUCUACUGCAAGUUCUGGGAACUAGAUAAGGACCAUGAUCUCUUCAUUGAUAAGACUGAUCUCGCUAGACACAAUGAACAUGCCAUAUCUACGCGGAUGCUAGACCGGAUAUUUUCCGGAGCGGUUACCCGAGGGAAAACUUUUGAAGAAGGCAAGAUGAGCUAUCCUGAGUUUGUCUGGUUUCUGCUUUCUGAGGAAGACAAGAAACAUCCUACAAGUGUUGAAUACUGGUUUCGGUGUAUGGACAUUGAUGGGGAUGGCUUUAUCUCUAUGUACGAGAUGGAGUAUUUCUACGAGGAACAAAUGCAAAAGAUGGAGGCCCUUGGCAUCGAACGACUGCCCUUUGAGGACUGCCUCUGUCAGAUGUUAGACCUAGUCCAGCCAAUGAGGCUUAAUGCGAUUUCACUGAGUGAUCUGAAACGAUGCAAAAUGACAAACAUUUUCUUCGACACCUUCAUGAACCUUGACAAAUUCCUUGAGAACGAGCAACGAGAUCCUUUCGCAAACCUACGGGAUCUUGAAAAUGAUGCUCCAGAGCCGACAGACUGGGAGAAAUACGCAGCUGAGGAAUAUGAGAUCCUUGUGGCAGAGGAGGGCGCAAACGAUCAGGAAGAAAUACACUAUGAGGAUGACUUUGAGCCUGACGAGGAUGACCUUGAAGGAGGUUUGUCCUUGGGAGGGUCGGGGGAGCCACGCCCACAAGAUCCGAUUGGUCGAGGAGUCAAGAAACCAGCGGCCACCACUGAUGACAUAUACGACUUCAGUAAUACUGGAUCCACUUACUGAGUUCUUCAGCAGAUUGAUUUAGUUUUGGAAAAAAACGGAUGGACAAUAUGAUGUGUAUACUUUAUAUACCAUAUUCUGUCUCAUCUUGUAAAAUGGUUCAGUGAACAGAUUUUCGUUGAUUAUAAUAAGGGAUUGGAUCUACCAAGUGAUUUAUAUUAAAUCUGAAAAUGAAGCUUCUAGUAUAAAUUCAUAUAAACUGGGGCAGAGAGGAAAGAGGUAGCUGUCACACACCAUUCAAAACCAGGGGUCUUAUUUAUAAAGCAUCUUAAGUCAUUUUCUUACCUAAGUCGAUUUUUUAAAUUUUCCAUGGUCAAAUUAAAAGAAAUGUUCAAGACUCUAGAAAAUAGUGUAUUUUGGAAAAUCUUUAUUUUUUAUUUCGGAUGACUUAUGUUACUAAAAUUAGAAAGUGACUUUAGAAGUUUUGUUUUACCCCAGGGCAGGUAUUCAUAAAACAUCUUAAGUCAUUUCUUAACAUAAGUCCAUUUCCUAUAAUAUUCAUAGUCAAACUUAAAGAAAAGUAUUCUAAACUUAAAAGUAUCUCUAUUACAUACCAUUAAUGAACAUGAAAGCAUUUUUAGAUAUUAUUAAGUUAUAAUAUCAUGCGCCCAAUGCAAUACAUGGGAAAAUGUAAGGAAAUGACUGAAGAUGUUUUAUGAAUGUGGGCCAAGUAAUGACUGACAAAGUUUCCAGUGAGUUGAAUAAUACGCAGUAAGACAUGGCAUCUGUAUUAAAUAUAACUAGAGGCGUGUACUUUAUUAUCAUUUUAUGCAUAUAUCUGUUUAUUUUAAUUGGUUACUUAAUGAAGACUGUAUAGCCCUGUAACGCAUUUUUUUAAAAUAGAUGUAUGAAGUUUUUCCUUGCCAAAAACUACCCGGUAGGUGUUAGUCACAGUGACCUUGUUCAAGUUUUUGUUAACUGUUGUGUUAGAGGCUGAGUGUUUGCAUCAGCAGUUCUUGUUUUAUAAAUAGAUGUUAGCCUUGUUUAAGAUGAAGAAAAACACUGUAUGCAGAUGUGUAAAACUUCUAUAAACAAGAUCGGUAAUAGUAAAGGGUGGGCAAAAAAUGAGGAAAAAAAGUGUACGAUAAAUAUGCAAGAAACACUACUUGAUGGACAUUCUGAUGUUAGUUGAGACAUUGUUCAAAUAUUAUGGAAUCAUGUUGAUAAUGUAUAUAGUUUUCACUAUGUAAAUGAAUCUUCAAUGUAUUUAUUUAUUUUGUAAAUAGACCUACUUUUUAUCUGUGAUUUUAUUUUGUUGUAUUAUCAUUGUUAAGUCAGUUCUACAUCGUUUGUUUUAAGAACAUUGUUAAUGUCAUGAGAUUUUUUUGGUCAAUAUUUUAGCAAAUUUUCAUUAUUUCUUUUACUACUUAAAAAAAGGGUUAAAUGUUCACUUAACCUGUUAUAUGAAGUUAGUGUUAAAAGUACACUUACAGCAUUUCAACAAAUAUUUGAAUUAAAAUUAUGAUCAUAUUUGAAAUCUCAUGAAAGAAAUGUUUAGGAAAUACAUCUUCAGAAAAAAACUGUGAAUGAUAUAGUCAUGUAGAUGAGAUCAUUUCUAUUCAUGAAAACUUGUCAUAUAAAAAACUAAAAACAUUUCCAUUUAGAUACAAAGUAGUCAUUGACAGUUGUGUUCAAACAUUAUAUCACUACUUCCCACAUACCAUAAAACUUUGAGGUUGCGAAACACUAUGUUUAUACAUGUACAGGUAGCUACUCAUGCAAAUAGAAGUGGCAGUUGGCCUUCACAAUUAAGAAAAAUUACUUUCCCUGUGAUUUUGUAGAUAUAAUUUCCGUUCACGUUGUACCUGUAUGACGCAGAUUACAAUUUUUAUGUGAUAUCAUUUCCGCUCACCCCAUACCUGUAUGAUGCAGGUCACAAUCUGUAUGUGUCCUUCACACAGUACUGAGUACACUUCUACAAAGUACACAUACCUUCAUGGCAUUGCACUCAAAAAGGUUCACAAAAACAAGUGCAAGCAUAGCGUUUCUCAACCUCUUGAAUCUUCAAGAAAAUGCUUUAUAAAUCUCACAAAUAAACUCAUUUACUUUAAAAAUUUACUUAAUUUAAAAUCAUUGAAUUGUUCCUUAAAUGAAAAAAUAAAUAUUUUGAAGGCUGUUUGAUAACAGAGGUUACAUUACGGCAGCUGAAGGUCAAUACUUUUUGGGGGAAAUCAAUAUUUAUGACUUGUAUGUAUUUUAAAAUUCACUUAUUGGCUCUGAUUGUGUAGUUUUACAUGAAUGAAAAAAUAAAUGCUUGAAAUCA